AUGAUGAAGGGGACGGUGGGCAGCUCGGUGGCUGCCGUCAUGCAGGAGAGCUUCGGCUGCGCCGUCGCCAACCGUUUCUACCAGCUCCUGGACGAUGAGUCGGACCCCUUCGACAUCCUGCGCGAGGCCGAGCGCCGCCAGCAGCAGCGCAAAAAGCGCGACGAGGCGGCGGCGGCGGCCGGCAAGAGAACCGGUCCCGGCGGCAGGGCGGGCGGCGGCAAGAAGGAGUCCCAGAAGGAGCGAAAGCAGCCCGGCAGUCCCCCCACGGCCGGGGGGCCGUCGCAGUCCGGCCAGAAGCGAGCACCUAAGCGAGGAGAACAGCAAGGAUUGAAUAACAGAGGAGCAGAGGUGAAACAAGACAAAAUUGAAUGGAGACCAUCUUUCAGGGAAUACCGUUCCUAUGAAACAGAAAGACAAGCGGAAUUCACAGUGGAAAGACCAACUGAAAGAUUAGACCGUGAAAGGCCAAUAAGAGGUCGUGGCGGAGGAAGAGGUGCAAUGCGAGGUAGAGGAAGAGGUGGUGGAAUAAAUAGAAGUUUCAAUGGUUUUGAGCAAAGAGGAAAGCGGGAAUUUGAAAGACCAAGUUGGAAUGACAAAAUAGGAAUGAGAGCAGAUGACAAAAAGGGUGGAGGUGGAGCUUGCAGCUGGGGAACAGUUAAAAGUGGGAUGGAACAGACUGCUCCUGUGGAAGAGACUGCAGAAACAGCUGAGCAGCCAGGGACGUCUGAAGGAGAGCCUCUGAACAAAGUUGCUGAAGAAGAGCCAGUGGAAGAAGUAGUUCAAGAAAUGACGUUAGAUGAGUGGAAAAAUCUUCAGCAACAGAAUCGACCAAAGCCUGAAUUCAACAUCCGGAAGCCAGCAUCCACUGUUCCUUCCAAAGCAGUGGUGAUUCACAAGUCAAAAUAUAGCAAUAAUUUGCAAAAAGAAGACUUUGAAGAUGAUUCUCAUGUCUUUCGAAGACCAGUGAAUGACAUAACAUCUCAGCUGGAUAUUAAUUUUGGGAGUCUUCCUCGCCCUGGCCGUGGAUCAAGAGGAGCACGAGGUGGUCGUGGUCGUGGCAGACGACUUGAGGAGACAGGACCUCGACCAGAAGUGCAGCUUGUUGCUCCAAAUCCUGAUGAUCCUGAGGAUUUUCCAGCUUUAGCUUGAAGAACCAUCAUGAAUGGUGGAGACACUCGGAGCCAUUCUUAGGGAUCUGAGAGAAACAAGGAAAUGGUGCCAGAAGUGAUGAGGGAAAGAAAUGGGAGGACCACCACACUGGACAAUUUGAAAGUAGCUGACAGCCUCAAAGGAGUCUUCAAAUGCCUGCUCAAGUUGAACUCAUUCUUUCAAUUUACUGGGAAAGCAGAUGAAUAUAAACCUGCUUUUUUUUUUUUUCUUUUUUCUUUCCCAGUUCUCUACCUUGCUUUGUAUCACUUCUAAGCAAUCUCCUUUGAGAGCAAAUAGUGGAUGAGACUUGAAGAAAAAACUGGUUUGCUUUGGACUAAGCUUUAAGAGUAUUCAGAAAUUUAAAGUAACUCUUAUCUCAGUGAUAAGGCUUUACGCAAGGAUAUAAUCAUCUUAGAAAGACUACUGACUCUUUUCUAUAUGCUCCAAAGAGAUGGUCUGCAAAGUAGCGCUGCCCAAAAAACUUUUCUUAUGUUGUUAAAUUACUUAUAUGACAACUUGCUAUAACAUGAGAUUGCAGAUUCCACAAGGAGCUCGUUUUAGUGGCAUAGAGAUACUCUGACAACCUGUAGUAGAAAGAAUGUGCAAAAGCAAAUGAAGUGCUGGUGUUACAAGAACAUGCUGCUGCUUUUCGAGCAAUUCAGCUGGAUGAAAUAACAUGAAUGACUUUGACCUCAUAGGAGCAAGCUACUACUUAAUCGCUGCUGUUGUUGCAAUAGGUGUUUGGGUGUUUCUACUGAAAAUGGCGAUUUCAUGAUUUUGGAACAGAAGUGAUUUUGUCUGAGGGUCUUCAAGUUUUUUGCUUGUUCUUCCCUUCCUGUUUCUUUUAGCCCACUGGACAGGGGAGAAUGUGCCUGAAAUUUUAUUUAUGUUUUUGCUUGCAGGGAUGAGUGUAUGUAUAGGUGUGGGGAGCUUCUUUGCAAAGCUUACCUCUGUUUUCCAUCAUCAUUUGAAGGUGUAGCUGCCUAUUUUACUAACACCUCUUUUUGUAAGGAAAGCAGUGAAAUACACAAAAGCAACCCUUUGUUUCUCUACCAAAAAUUUGAAACCUUAUUAUGCUACUGGACUGAAUCUAAUGUAAUGCAGUUGGUUCAGUUCUGACUGUUCUCUGGGAAAGCUGAAAGGAUUGUUUCACUUUUCAGUCAGGUUCCUGCUGCUGUAAAGUUCAUGUUUACUCCUCUAUCUUUGAUCUGUUUUUCAAAGCAGAGUGACAAAUAGGUUCUUUGGGGAAUGCUUUAACAGACUUGUCAAAGUGUAUUUGUAUAAUCAGCAUUUGGUCAGCAGAUUGUUUAAAAACUUCUGGUUUAAAAAAAAAAGGGCUGGUUUUAAGACUAUUUAAUUAAAAAAAACCACCAAACAAAAAACAACAACCAAACAAACCAGCCCCAAAACCCACCCAAACUAAAACAUUGUGAGAAUGAGGUUUAGUGUAGUUGG